GGGGUUAGAGGCGGUGGAAGGAAGUAAUGGCGGCGUGUGCCAUGUAUAUAAAGCCACGAUUCCAUAUAUGAAGUAUGCCAGCUGUCACAAGCUACCACACUCUAGAAGCAACAAGAUUUCCGUAUAAACUUGAAACAAUCUCUAUCUUGUAAUCGGAAAAUGGCGUCAUUCGAACAGGCACCGGCCGGCGAUGCUAAAGCCGGAGAAAAGAUUUUCAGAACCAAGUGCGCUCAGUGUCAUACCGUCGAUAAAGGCGCUGGCCACAAACAAGGGCCGAAUUUGAACGGGCUUUUUGGAAGACAGUCUGGUACAACUGCAGGGUAUUCAUAUUCUGCUGCCAAUAAGAACAUGGCUGUGAUCUGGGAAGAGAAGACACUCUAUGACUACUUGCUUAACCCUAAGAAGUACAUUCCUGGAACGAAGAUGGUGUUUCCUGGACUGAAAAAACCAAAGGACCGAGCUGAUCUCAUUGCUUACCUGAAGCAAUCAACCGCUUGAUUCCAAAGGCGGUAACGAGUUUAUUUGCAUCGUUUACUAAAAACAGCGAUGUUUCUUUACAUUUAUAUGACCAUAUUGUUUUGAACCUGAACAAUUUGUUACGCUCGACAUAACUCUCAUCUUGAGGACUGCUCUUUCUAGGAGAUGAUUGAAUAAAGUGUUGCCUUUCAAUUUGUUUUUCUGUUGA